CUCCUUGGACAGGGGGCCUCGUGGACAAACCGCACCAUUUCCCCAGAACGUCAUCCUAAGCUUAAGGAGAAAAAGGCUGGGCAAGGGGGGUUUUCGACCAUGGUCCACGUCUCAUCGGCCGAGACUCGGUACGACGACGGGGGAGAGGGCGGGACCACAAAGUUGAAAACCCCCUGGUCCCAUUCGAUGAAGUGGACUUUGGCCAAGAACUACAAUGGCUGCCCAGAUGGCACAAGAAACAUUUGCGAGAGCGACACUCAGCCACUUGGUAAGGACCUCGGCGGUAAAAGUGUGGUGGAAGGAGGGGCGGCGAUGGCGGGACGGCGGGAGAGGAUCUCCCGCUUGCUAGAGUGUGGCGCAUUACGCAGAGAUUAA